AUGCAACUGACCCGCUGCUGCUUCGUGUUCCUAGUGCAGGGCAGCCUCUAUCUGGUCAUCUGUGGCCAAGAUGAUGCCCCCCCUGGCUCAGAGGACUCUGAGCAUGAUGACCAUGAAGGCCAGCCUCGGCCCAGGGUGCCUCGGAAGCGAGGUCACAUCUCACCUAAGUCCCGCCCCUUGGCCAACUCUACACUCCUAGGGCUGCUGGCCCCACCUGGGGAGGUGUGGGGUGUCCUCGGGCAGCCCCCCAACCGCCCCAAGCAAAGCCCCCUACCCUCGACCAAGGUAAAAAAAAUAUUUGGAUGGGGUGAUUUCUACUCCAACAUCAAGACAGUGGCGCUGAACCUGCUGGUCACGGGGAAGAUUGUGGACCACGGCAACGGGACCUUCAGCGUCCACUUCCGUCACAACGCCACAGGCCAGGGUAACAUCUCCAUCAGCCUUGUGCCCCCCAGUAAAGCUGUAGAGUUCCACCAGGAACAGCAAAUCUUCAUCGAAGCCAAGGCCUCCAAAAUCUUCAACUGCCGGAUGGAGUGGGAGAAAGUAGAACGGGGCCGCCGGACCUCGCUCUGUACCCACGACCCAGCCAAGAUCUGUUCCCGAGAUCACGCUCAGAGCUCCGCCACCUGGAGCUGCUCCCAGCCCUUUAAAGUUGUCUGUGUCUACAUUGCUUUCUAUAGCACGGACUAUCGGCUGGUGCAGAAAGUGUGCCCAGAUUACAACUACCACAGCGAUACCCCCUAUUACCCAUCUGGGUGA